GAAAGAAAAAAUGACGCCAAACAAGAAAGCCACCCUUUGUAUUUUUCUCUCCCUUUCUCAUUCUUUCCCUCGUAAUUUUAGUUUUCAGACAACUCAUAGAAGUAUUGCAAAUUGUAACCUGGUUAUUGCUUUCUUCCUCGUAAUCAAACUGUAACCUUCCCAUCCGCCUUCAUUUUCUGGUUUCAGCCGACUAGUUUGAUCAGUUAAGCGUGGUUUUGGCUCGCCAAUUCUGAAAAUCGACUACAAUGAAGAAGGCCAUUGGUCAAACUGUUAGGGAACUUAAAAGAGAAGUAAAUAAGAAAGUACUUAAAGUUCCUGGGAUAGAACAGAAGGUUCUUGAUGCGACCAACAAUGAAGCCUGGGGUCCUCAUGGAUCACUUCUAGCAGAUGUUGCACAGGCUAGCAGAAAUUAUUAUGAAUGUCAAAUGAUCAUGGCAAUAAUCUGGAAGAGGAUCAAUGACACGGGCAAGAAUUGGCGGCAUGUCUAUAAGGCUUUGACAGUAUUAGAAUACAUGGUGGCUAAUGGGUCAGAGCGCGUCAUAGAGGAGAUUAAGGAGCAUGCCUAUCAAAUAUCGACAUUGUCCAAUUUUCAAUAUAUUGAUUCCAGUGGAAGAGACCAGGGAAACAAUGUCAGAAGGAAAUCACAGAAUCUCAUUCUUCUUGUGAAUGAUAAAGAAAGAAUCAUAGAGGUUAGACAGAAGGCUGCUGCUAACAGGGACAAGUUUCGCAGCAGUCCAACCGGUGCAAUGUACAGGCCUGGUUCACGUUCUAGCAGUGGGUCUUAUGGGGAUAGAUAUGAAGAUGAUCGUUAUGGAAGCAGGGAGGAAGAUAGAAGUGAUCAUGGCUAUGGCAGAGAAAGAGAAUGGGGAUAUAGAGAUGAUUAUCGGUAUAGUCGUGAGAGGGAGCGUUAUGGUAAAGAUUACGAGGAAAGCUAUAGAAGAGAUGACAAUAGGGAUGACGAGUACCGUAGAAGAAGUGUUGAUGAUGACCAAUAUGGCUCAGGAAGCAAGAGCUCUGACAGAGAUCAUGAUCAUAAUGUUGAUGAUGAUGGUCAGCGUUCAUCUCGAGGUAGCAUUGCUAAAGCUGAAGGCCAUUCAUUGGAAGGAAGGUUAGAGCGGAAACUUUCUGAGCAAAAUGUGGGUGCUCCUCCUAGUUAUGAAGAAGCUCUUUCUAAAAGCCCUGCACACAAUGAAAGGGAUGGCGGAAUUUCAGCUGCAUCAUUUGGAAACCGAGAAGUUGAGGCUUCUGAUGAAUUUGAUCCUCGUGGUUAUCCUGUAUCAGCUUCCCGAGCUCCUGCUAAUAAUGUUGAAAUGGACUUGUUCGGCUCCCUAUCUGAAUCGUUAUCUUCAAAUGCACUGGCUCUUGUGCCUUCUACAUCAGAAACAACAACCUCUCAAGGCAACGCAAACCUUGAUUCCUCUGUGGCCUUUGCACCACCACCAUCUGCUUCGAAUAAUUUCAAUCCGGUGUUUGAAGACCCGUUUGGUGAUUCACCCUUUAAGGCCAUUCCUUCCGCUGAAACUUCUCCACCUCAACCCCAGAGUCAUCAGAGUCGUGCACCAUCCCAGCCAAGUGGUUCUAACACGGAAUCAGUCUCUAACUUUGGUUUCGGAGACUCAUUUUCUGCUCUGCCCCAAGCCCGUGACACUCAGUCUUUGUCAUUGAACUCCCAGUUUUUGUCACCAUCACAGGAAACUGAUAUUCUUGCAGACAUUCUUCCACUUCCACCAUUACCUGGGGCAACUUCGCAGCAGAACUUUUCAGCUCAUCCUGAUGCUCAAGCUUCAUCCUCCUUUUCAGCUUCAUCAGGGCAAAUGGCAUCACAAUCUUCUUUUGCAGAGUCUGGCCAACAUGCACAGCAAGGCGUCUCAUCUGGAACCAGUCAACCUGCCGCAGAGGCCGUUUCAGUUCCUGCUGGCCAACUGCUACAAACCCUGUCACCGAAUCCCAUUAGUCAACAAACACAGCAACCCUUUCCAUAUCACACUGACCAAUCCCUGCAAUCAGGUAGUCAUAUAUACGGCGGAUUCCCUCCCCAGGCUGGCUCUAUGAUUGAAGGGGCUUCCAGAAUGUUCCCUCUAAUGCAAGGUGGACACGUGAACCCGACCUAUGUACAAGGAUCUAUGGCACUUAUUCCUCCACACACGGCUCCUCAGGUUUCAAUGGGGCAGAGUGCAAACUAUUUGUCUUCUCAAUCCCCCAUUGAUCAAGCAUCACAGUUUAACAGCGGAAACUUAAUGGCACAACAGCAAUUACAUGCUUUGCAGAAUGCUGUUUCACAACCAUCCUCCAAGGACAAGUUUGAGACAAAAUCCACAGUCUGGGCAGAUACACUAAGCAGGGGUUUGGUUAAUUUGAAUAUAUCUGGACCUAAAACAAACCCUUUAGCAAAUAUUGGAGUGGACUUUGAUGCAAUUAAUAGGAAGGAGAAGAGGAUGGAGAAGCCCACGACAUCGGUAACGUCAACAGUAACCAUGGGUAAAGCCAUGGGAUCUGGUUCAGGCAUGGGCCGGAUUGGUUCUGGUGCUCUUAGACCACCUACCUCAAACCCAUUGAUGGGUAUGGGCAUGGGAAGCUACGGAGGCAUGAAGGCACCUGUGGGGAUGGGGAUGAACAUGGGGGGCAUGGGGCAGAUGCAGCCACCACCUGCACCUACUGGACUGCCUCAUGGGUCUAACAUGACUGGUAAUUAUAACUCCAUGAUGGGAACAGGUGGUGGUUAUCCUCAAUAUCCUUAUGGCCUUGGUGGCUACCGAUAACAUUGACCAUUAUACCUAGAUAUACCAUUACCAAUGUCAGACAAAUUGUGUGAGAUGUAUAGAGUUAGAUAGUAAUAUCAAAGUGUGUGAGAUUGAUUGAGCAUUAUACCUAGAAGAUAAAAUAGCACGUCAAUACCUCAUUUGUGCAAUCAUCAUUGUGUACCAGUGAACGGAUCAAAUAUCUGCUUGGGUUAUUACUUUUUUUUAUUAACCCCAACACCAUGCAGUGGUGCUAUGUUUAAUGUUAUUUUCCCUUUGCGCCAAUUCUACAUCCAUGUUAGAAUAUGAACUCGCAGUUAAUAUUGUCUAGUUUUCAAUAUGUGUGUAUAUAUAUUAUAGAAAAUUUCUUGCUUGA